CGAGAGGGCGCUCCACGAAGCGGAGUCGUGUCUCGGUGGGGAGCAUGCACGGCUGCUCGCGCAGCCUAGCCGAUGCUGCAGACGUGCGGACAAGACAGAGCGCUCGCGUCUGAAACAUGGAGAGGCAGGCUCUCGUGACGGCGGCGAGCCUGUCCAUGAGCGUCCUUGCGCUGGUGCUGCUCGUCACUGCUAUUUUCACCGACCACUGGUACGAAACGGACACCAGGAGACACAAGCAGAACUGCGACCAAUACGGCUCGGAGUCCAACGAUCAGAAAAACAGAGAAAUGCCGAUCUACCACCUUCCCUUGGUGGACAACGGCAACUCCAAACGAAACCUGGCGCUGAUGAAACCGAUCCACGUCGGAAGUCGCGAAGAGGAACUGUUGGAGAACUGGAGAGCAAUUCUGGGGAUGGGCAUUCUCGAAACGGAGUGCGGGCGUCCGCUUUUCUCUACUUAUUCUGGACUGUGGCGGAAAUGUUACUUCCAGGGGAUGGACCGGGAUAUUGACAAACUCAUUUCAAAGGGUAUUGCAGACCGGUGCACUACUGUCAAGUACCAUUUCUCCCAGCCCAUCCGGCUCCGGAACAUUCCGCUCAACCUGACCAGAACCAUCCAGCAGGACGAGUGGCACCUCUUACAUCUGCGCCGCAUCACGGCAGGGUUCUUGGGGAUGGCAGCUGCCGUUCUGCUCUGUGGCACCAUCGUGGCUGCAGUGGGAUUCUUCUGGGAGGAGAGACUCACGCAGCACGUGUCCGGACUCCUUUUCCUUAUGGCAGGCAUCUUCUGCACCAUCUCGCUGUGCACAUACGCAGCAAGUGUGUCCUACGACCUCUCGCGCAACCCACCAUUCAUCUACGGCCUCCCCGGCGAUGUGGACCAUGGUUACGGCUGGUCCAUCUUCUGCGCGUGGGUGAGUCUGGGCCUCACAGUGGCCUCUGGGUGCCUCUGCACCACCUACCCCUUCCUGAGCCGCACCAAGGCCCUGCGCUCCAAAACCGCCAGGGAGUCGUCAGUAUGAGUGCCCCUUAGUGGUCUGGAGGAUUUCAUGCGUCACUCAGCUGAUGCUUCACAGAUGGAUUUCAGUAUCCUCUUUUUGGAAAGUGUGCGUGUUUGUGUGAGAGGAAUUUGUGUUGAAAGAUGGAACUAUGGUUCAUGGAGGUGUGCCGGUUGUUUUGUAGAUUUCUACUGCUUGUUCUGAGAUGUGUCAGUGUUAUAAUAGUGACAAGAAAGAAGGUUCCAGUUCAUUGGGUUUGUGUGUAUCCCACACCAGCCUGGUAACACACAUACAUACACAUCACACACACACACACACGCAGGGUACUCCAUAUACAUAUUAGGCACACCCAUGGACACAAUAGUUCUGAAUUAUGAACUAUGGGCUCAUUUCAUUGAGAUGGGGCACUUUAUGGACUGUCGUUUGUGAUUGACAGCCUCUGUUGUGAUGCAGUCAUCUUCUGGUUUCAGCACACACACACAGUGAGAGGUGAGUUGAGCUUCACACAGAGUGCACAGCUGUUCUAGUUCUGAUGAUUUGAGGUUCACUGGGCUGGUCAGAAUGUGCUGUGUAUAUUAUGGUCACAGUUUAUUGCAGAGCAAGCAAACCAAAAUACAAGCUUGAGUCAGGAAAUAACAAGUUGAUUAUUGUCAGUAAUGAUGUGGAAAUCUUUGUUUUACACAAAUGCAGUACUGUUUCGAUGUCUUAGGCCACCCAAGAAAGUUAAGUUUAAAGCUGUUUAUCAGGGCAAAAUGUUUAUUUGCUUAAACAGAAAAGUGGUUCCUUAAUAAAUUCUUCUGAGCUUCUUCCUUUGGGAUUUGGGUUUUGUUGUGCCCAGACAGUGAGGGGAAAGAUGAAGACGAAGGAGAGAUGACGGUCCUAAUUGUGUGUCAGUGUGCUUAAAGGCGUUAUAUACUGAGGAUCUCUUUCCCAGUCAAAAAUCGAGGCGACAAAACCUGCGAUGUCUCAUAAGAUAUGAAGAACUUUUUAGAAAAUACAAAUACAUCCUUGUUCUUUUAUUAUAUUAAUGUUUGAGUUACUGAUUUAUUAUAAAGUUAUUUUGUUUGUUUUGUUUUUUUACGUGCAAAUAAACAUUGGCUGCCCGGAAAAAUCUUUUUUUUGGGGGGGGGGGGGGGUCCCCGAGUACUGUAUAAACACAAAGUGUAUAUGUACAAAAUAAACUGUACACAUUAAUGAAAAUAAUGGCAAGUGGAUAGAUGUGCAGUGUUGAUAUGAAGCAGAUGAAGGGGGCAUCUGAAAAGGAUGCCCUCGCAUAUUUAACAAAAACAGCAGCCACGUUAACAUGGCUGUUCCAAUCGGUCACAUUCUAAUUUACCAUCACCAAUGGAAGCUUUUUAGCACCUCUAUCUUUAAGGAUCCACUGCUUCUGCUUUUCUCAGUCUGCUGUCUUAUUUAAAGUACUCUGGGUUCAUAUUUAAUAGUGUAUGGAUGGCAUGGAUUCUGGCAGGUUGCUAUGCCAGACCCUACAGGAGAUAUUAUCAAAUAUUAGCUUACUGUUUGCCUCAAAACCCUUGUGGUAUUCAUGAGAGUGAAUUGUAAAUAAAAUCCUAUAAAUAUGGAAUAAAGGAGUAUGAGGAUUGUUCUA